AUGCGUAGUAAGCACCCUUCAAUUGUGCCGUCUCCUCUCCCUAACGUCCAGGUUACCAACUAUGGGCGCAUCAACUCGCCCGGUGACGACAUCCGGAUAGACAUGGCGAAAGAGAAGCGCCAACCGGCGGGGUGCUCCAGUGCCGGCUCUGGUGCAAGUUGUGACGAGGAUGAGGGCGACAAAGACGCUGACGACGAAGAUCAUGGCGACGAGGACGAAGAGGACUGGCCGGAGAACGGCCACGACGACAGCCAAUCUGGUGACGAGGUGCCUGCUGGAGGCAUCUACGAUGACGACUGGUGGAUGCAGCCGAUAGGCUCCGGCGUCGAUGUGGAGGAGUGGUGCGCAAAUACGGCUGCUGUUGUGGUGGCGGAGGCGGGUGAUGGCCGUGAUGCUGUCUUCUUUGACGGCGAGGACGACGCGGACGACCCAUGGCGCAUCUCGUCAAAUGACCACGUGCCUCUGUUGAAGAGGCAGCUGCGUCACCGCCAAGGCGUGUCGCGGAAAAAAACCCGGGUGGUGCUCUCGGACGACGACAGCCCGGAUGAGGAGCAGCGACCCCGCCUCUCUGCUGCUGACAAGGGGAAGGGUAAGGUGGUGGAGGUUCCUGCUAAGCGGAUAGUGGAGGCGUGGGAUCAAGUUCAUAGGCAGGUGAUCAAUGACGCGUUCCGCCACUGCGGCAUCUCAAUCAAGCUGGAUGGGACCGAGAACCAUCUGGUGAUGUCCCACCUGCGCGCGAGGAGCACCACCGAUGUCACAGAAGACAUGUGCCUCAAGGGCACCACUGGUGACAACACGCGCCUGCUUAGGAAGGCCCCCAAGGAGGAGGAGGAGGAGGAGGAGGAGGAGGAGGAGGAGGAGGAGGAGGAGGAGGAGGAGGAGGAGGAGGAGGAGGAGGAGGAGGAGGAGGAGCUGCAGGCGGAGGGCAUCAGAGAGGUGGGCGCGGCAACUGGCCUGGAUGUGCUGUACCAGGAGACCCUCCACUAG